AUGGUUGGUAUAAGUGUCAAGAACAGCACUCAUAGCAUCCUACACAGUACUCAUCACAUCCUAAAUACCGGUAGUACUCAUCCAAUCUUACACAUAGUGGGAAAAAGUGGUGAGAACAACACACAAAGCAUCCUUAACAGCCCUCAUCACAUCCUACACAGUACUCAUCACAUCCUACACAGUACUCAUAGCAUCCUACACAGCACUCCAUCUUACACAGUGCUCAUCACAUCCUACACAGCACAUAUCACAUCUUACACAGUACUCCUUACAUCCUACACAGUACUCCUCACAUCCCACACAGUACUCCUCACAUCCUACACAGUACUCCUCACAUCCUACACAGCACUCCUCACAUCCAACACAGCACUUCUAACAUCCUACACAGUACUCAUCCCAUCCUACAUAGUACUCCUCACAUCCUACACAGUACUCAUCACAUCCUACACAACACUUAUCACAUCCAACACAGUACUCCUCACAUCCUACACAGCACUCCUCACAUCCUACACAGCACUCCUCACAUCCUACACAGCACUCCUCACAUCCUACACACACUCAUCACAUCCUACACAGUACUCAUCGCAUCCUACACAGUACUCAUUACAUCCUACACACACUCAUCCCAUCCUACACAGUAGUCAUCACAUCCUACACAGCACUCCUUACAUCCUACACAGUACUCAUCACAUCCUACACAAUACUCAUCACAUCCUACACAGCACUCAUAGCAUCCUACACAGCACUCCAUCUUACACAUACUCCUCACAUCCCACACAGUACUCCUCACAUCCUACACAGUACUCCUCACAUCCUACACAGCACUCCUCACAUCCAACACAGCACUCCUAA